AACAGAUAAAAAAAAAAUAUAGAGGGAGGAGAACAAGAAGACGACAAAUAACUAGAAAAAACAUCAACGAACUCUCUCACUUUCUCCCUUCUGCCUUCUCCCAUGGAUUCCGACGCCGGACCACGUCAGCCUCAAUCCGGAGGCAAGAUUGUUCGACCUCGCCGGAGAUUCGCCGUCAAGACGCCGUACGACCGCCCCGCUCCAAGAUCCAGAGAUCCUCCUCAGCAAAACCCUAGUUGGAUCUCCAGGCUCGUUUACAAACCUGUCACCGUGAUUGCCUCCGGCGCCGGGAAAUUCAUUUCUUCCGUCGUCUUCUCUGAAUCUUCCUCAUCUUCUUCCGAGGACGAGGAUUCAUCUUCAGGUGAUGAUGAGGAUGUUCUCGAAGAUGAAACAAUGGUUGAGGAAUCAACCAUCCAAAGACUCGGUUCUAAGCGUGUAAUUGAGCAGCUUCUCAUGCAAGAAACAUUUGCAAGGGAAGAAGGCGAUAGAUUAAUAGAUAUCAUCAAGGCGAGGGUUGUAGAUCAUCCCAGUGUCCCCACUCCUAAUGAGGGGAGGCAUAGUGAUAAUGAGGUGGAUGUGGGUGAAAUGUCUAAUAAAGCUGUCAUGGAAGCAAAAAGAUGGUUGGAGGAGAAGAAAUCAGCAUCAAAUUCAAAGUCUAUAGCAACUGAAGAUGGUGGUGGAUCGCCUGUGGAUGUGGCCAAGUCAUAUAUGAGAUCUCGUCUGCCAUGGGGAUCUCCAGCUGCGAACACUUCAGAGUUUCGCUCACCAUCACCAGCAGGGAUGCAACUUAUUAAGGAAGGGACGCCGUUUCCUUACAGUGCUGGAAACUUCUCCUCUUCCAAGCUGAGAAGGAGAUCCCGUUCGAAUCCUACAUGGAAUAUUCAAGAUGAAAUUCGCAAAGUCAGAGCUAAAGCAACAGAGGAAAUGCUUAAAACUGUAUCCCCUCGUAGUGUAGCAUCAUUGAAUGUUGAUGGAGGUGCUCAAGCUAUACAGAUUGAGCAAAGCGUGGUCCUACCAAAUCAGAAGACUACGGAAGCUAAUCAAGCCGUUGAAGAAACAAGAGUUAUACACAACACUAGAUCUCGUGGAGUUGUCUCCACACAAGGAACCGGUGUUGAUGUCUCCAAUGAUGUGAGUAAUGACUUUAUCCAGCCUAGCUCAACUAUUGGAGAGACCACAAAUGCUGUCUUGGCUCCUGGAGCAACUUUGGAUCCAACCGGGAGCUUUUGUAUCCCAAAGGAUGUGUUUGAAACAUCAAAGGAAGCUGAUGAUGAUAUAGGUGCAACACAUCCUAUAGCCAACGGUCUCCCAUCUUCAUCACCUAGCUCACCAGUGGCAAUGGAAGCUGAGGCUUCCGAGCCUAUAGUUGAAACUCCUGGUGAUGAUAUCACCGUAGGGAAUGGCUUAGAUGGUGCGAUUGAUAGCAAGGAAAACAAUGAUAGCGAUUCUAGCGCCUCGCAUAACAGUUCAAGCACGCAUGAGAAAGAGUGGCUCCCGGGAGACCAGUCUCUACCGAACUCAAACUCAGCAAGUAGCAGCCCUGGUACUAGCAAGGUCUUGGCGCAACCCACGAGAAGAGGAGGACGAGGGCGAGGUAGGGGAAGAUGUAGAGGAGUUCGAGGCAAAGGACGGGGAAAAUAAAAAGAACUGUAAGAAGAGAGCUGUACACAAGAAACACAGUGCAGUAGGAGAGUUAGGAUUAUGUGACAUGUAUGUUUAGGUACCAGUCCUACUCUGUUUGUCUAUCAAAUGUCAUUUCGUUAUCUCUUUAGGCUGUUUAUUGUACUCUUUUGUAGUAUUCGAGUUAGGAGGAUCUUGUGGAAGUGAUGUCGAACUGUGUCUCUGUUUAUUUAAUGUUUAUGUUGUAGCUGACAAAGCUUUACUGUUUGAAGA